AUGAACAGCUAUCACAUGAAUUUGAUAAAAUGCAUGAAGAAAACAGGAAAGUUCAAUAAUUGGAAAGAAACAUUGAACAUUAUUCGAAAGUCCAUUCUCACAUUAUACAGAUAUAGUGGUAUUAAAUUUUCAGCUCAAUGGAAAUAUGAUAUUCAUUACAAUAUCUUACCACAGAUUGAACACAAUGCUUGUUGCUAUGUGCAAAUUAAUAGACCAACAUCAAUUGAAUCAACUUUGGAUUUACUAUUUGACUAUAAUGAAAUGGCCACUGUAUUGAAUAUUAAUCACAAAUGGAUGUCAACUAGGGAGAAUAUCUUUUUUCACACCAACAGAAAACCAAAAUUUGUAGAAAGAGCAUUAUUUGGUUAUUGGGAGUUUUUACCAACAGAUUUAUCAAUAUAUAGAAAUGCUAUUAUAUUUUAUGAGAAUCUAAACAAGUUGAAUAUAUUUGAGAGAUGUAUUGAGCACUUUACAAAGUGUAAUUUGAAAUAUUUCAAAAAUGCUUUUGAUAAUGAACAUUUUGACAAGUUUUAUGCACUGUUUGAAUAUUUGAAAACAUUUCAUAGAAAGGGAAGAGUUUAUGAUGAACAAUUUGGUGAAAAUUUGAAUGGAUUUUUGAGUCACAUUUCCAAAGUGGAAUGUUCUACAAAUAAUAGAGAAAAGCUGAAAGAUUUGUUAAUAUUUCAAGAAUUAUUGGUGGAAUAA